AUGUUUUGGGGAUGUAUGGGGUGGCUAGGGACUGGGCAUGGUACCAAGAUAGAAGCAUUGUUGACCAAGGAAGUUUAUGUAGAGAUUUUGGAGGACAAAUUCCUGCAGAGCCUGGAGCAUUUAGGGAUGGAACAGGACAAGCAAAAAAUUGUUGUGAAAUGGCUUGAAGAUCAUGGAAUUGAGUGUCUUGAGUGGCCAGCAAAUUCUCCCAACCAAAACCCCAUUGAGAAUCUAUGGGUGGAGCUCAAGAGGCACCUUGGCAAGUAUGAGGAGCUGCCCAAUGGGAUGCUAUAG